AAACGAUUCAUUGAGCUUUAAGGUUUAGAUUUACUCACCUCUUCCUUCUCUCAUUCCCCUCACAAGUCAGAACCAAACCUCACUCCUUCUUUCUCCGUUAGCGCCAUGAAGGUUCGGUCGCUGAAGCUGAGGGAGGCCCACGGCGGCAAGGGUGGCCGCGCCUCCUUCUGCUCCGUCGUGUGGGACCAGAAGGCGCAACAUUUGGUCACCGCCUCCUCCUCCGACGUCUCCAUCUGCAUCCACGACCCCCUUUUCCCCUCUCUCACUCCCAAAACCCUCCGCCACCACCGCGACGGCGUCACCGCCUUGGCGCUCAGCCCCAAUUCCACUUGCCUCGCUUCCGGAUCCCUCGAUCACUCCGUCAAGCUCUACAAGUUCCCUAGUGGUGAGUUUGAGACAAAUAUUACUAGAUUUACACUGCCAAUACGUUCCCUGGCGUUUAACAAAUCAGGGAGCAUGCUGGCUGCGGCUGGUGAUGACGAGGGAAUCAAGCUAAUAAACACAGUUGAUGGUUCCAUUGCAAGGGUUCUCAAAGGACAUAAAGGGUCUGUCACUGGCUUAGCUUUUGACCCUAAUGGCGAAUACUUAGCCUCUCUGGAUUCAACUGGAACAGUUAUAUUGUGGGAACUUCACUCUGGGAGAAUUGUUCAUAACCUCGAAGGCAUAGCUCCUGACACGGGGGUGGAUGUUUCUACUAUGAAUGUUCUUUGCUGGAGUCCUGAUGGUGAGACCUUGGCUGUUCCUGGGUUGAGAAAUGAUGUGGUAAUGUAUGAUAGGGAUACUGCUGAGAAGUUGUUUUCUUUGAGAGGUGAUCAUAUACAGCCAAUAUGUUUCUUGUGUUGGUCACCCAAUGGGGAGUACAUUGCUACCUCUGGUUUAGACAAGCAGGUUCUGAUCUGGGAUGUUAAUAGGAAGCAGGACAUUGACAGACAGAAGUUUGAUGAAAGAGUAUGUUGUAUGGCGUGGAAGCCAAUUGAGAAUGCCUUGGCUGUUAUUGAUGUUAUGGGGAAGUAUGGUAUUUGGGAGAAUGUUAUUCCGUCGUCUAUGAAGUCUCCAACUGAGGAUAUACCUGCGCAAUACAAGAGCAAUGGGGUUCUUUUAUUUGAUGAGGAGGAUCCUGAAAAUAGUGUAAGUGGAAGCAUGAGUGAUAUUGGUGAAAAUAGUAAUGAGGUGUCUGAGCCACCUAGCAAGAAAAGAUUGCGUAAACAGACUUUUAGUGAGGAAAAUUUAGGUGAGGAUGAAGGAGAGGAAAUUGAUUUGUAUCCGAAGGCUGAUUCUCACAAAAAACGAAAUCGAUCAAGCAAGGAAAAUUUGGAUAGUGGGAAUAUGGGAUUUAGAAGCACCAUGGUAACAUCUAAGGCAAAGAUGCAGGAGGCAUUUCAACCAGGAUCUACUCCUGUGCAGCCUGGGAAAAGGCGUUUCUUAUGCUACAAUAUGCUUGGAUGUAUAACUUCUAUUGAACAUGAUGGAUACUGCCAUAUUGAGAUUGAUUUUCAUGAUACUGGAAGCACUCCACGAGUUCCUUCAAUGACCGAUCAUUUUGGAUUUACAAUGGCGGCAUUGAACGAGAAUGGGAGCGUCUUUGCAAAUCCUUGCAAGGGAGAGAACAACAUGAGCACUCUCAUGUAUCGCCCAUUUGGUAGUUGGGCCAAUAAUAGCGAGUGGUCUAUGCGCUUUGAAGGAGAAGAAGUGAAGGUUGUUGCACUUGGUGCUGCUUGGGUUGCUGCAGUAACUAGUUUUAAUUAUCUUCGCAUCUUUUCUGAGGGUGGUUUGCAGAGACAUGUGAUUUCGCUAGACGGGCCAGUGGUGACCGCAUCCGGUUUUAAGGAUAAGCUUGCAGUUGUGACUCAUGCUUCUGAUUGCCUCCCCUCAAAUGAUCAGAUGUUAGAGUUUAGAGUAUUUAAUAUUCCUCAUGGGGUCCAACCCCUUCGAGGUCGCUUGCCACUAUCUCCUGGUUCAUCCCUAAGUUGGAUUGGGUUUAGUGAAGAAGGCCAACUGUGUUCAUACGAUUCGAAGGGUGUGCUAAGAUCAUAUACAAGCCAAUUUGGUGGUAGCUGGAUCCCACUCUUCAGUGCUGUUAAAGAGAAGAAGCCAGAUGAAAACUAUUGGGUGACGGGGUUGAAUGAAAGCAAGUUAUUUUGUGUGGUGUGCAAAAAGCCUGACGAAUUCCCUCAGGUGAUGCCUAAGCCAAUUCUCACUCUGCUGAGUCUUUCUUUUCCUCUUGCUUCCUCUGAUUUGGGAUCUGAAGCUCAUGAAAACGAGUUUAUGAUGAACAGCUUGCAUCACUUUGAGAUUCAGAAAAGAAUGGAGGAAAUGGAUUCUGUGGGUCUGGACACUACUUCACUUGAUGAUGAUGCUUUCAAUUUGGAAGCAGCACAAGAUAAAUGCAUACUGAGGCUUAUAGCAUCCUGCUGCCACAGUGAUAAGCUUGUGCGAGCUACAGAACUUGUGAAGCUUUUGUCUCUGGAAAAAUCAAUGAGAGGAGCAAUAAAACUUGUUACUGCUCUGAAGCUUCCAAACUUAGCCGAAAUGUUCAGCAGCAUAUUGGAGGAAAGGCUACAUGAUGAAGCCAAAAGAACUGCGGAAACCAACAUCAAAGAAAACUGUGUUGCACCUAUUACAGCUGAUGCCCUUCAUAGCGGAAGCAAGGCCCCAACUCACUCUGAAACAUUAAAUGCAGUUACCAAGUCAUCACCACCAAACUUAUCUGCUCCAUUGUUUAAAAAGAAAGAGAAAACACAAGAUGGUGCUAAAGCUGAAAUAAAUAAGACCACAAUGGUAAAUGAAACUCUGAAAGCAAAACAAACAAGGGAUGAAACAAGUAACAAGGUGGUGCAACAAACUCCUCAUUCACAUGAUUCCUCUACGAAGUCGUCAAAUAAGAAUGGGCUUAAUAAGUCAGAGGCUAGUUUGGGACAAUCAAAUCGACCGUCCAAUCCAUUUUUGAAGUCUACUAUCAAGUGAAAAAAACACGAUGGAGGUUUUGGGUAGUUUAGUUGAAAUCAAUUAUCGGAAUAGGGUGUCCUGCAGAACGAGGCUUGCGUCUUGUUUAUAAUGACCUAUUUAAAAAGCAAAAAAGAGCCUAGAGAAAAUGAAAAAUCGUUUGUAUAUUACCGUAAAAUCUUAAUGUAAUUCACCAGAAAAAAAUCUUAUUGUAUUUAGUUUUUGAAUUCAAUAUGAAUUUCGAUGGCUCCUGGAUUGGUAUACAAUCUCUAUUUUCUU